AAUUAUGGAACUAUCGCGCGAACUCAGCCCUGCUCCGUGUGCACGCAGCGACCGCUUCCUAAUCAAGAUGGCGUCCCACGGUGCUGCGCUCUCCGUGUCCAAAAUGAUCUCACCCUUUUGGGGCGGACGCCUCGGGAACACGAUGAAAGUAUUUGGAACAACUCUGACGAGUCACAGGAAUAAGUCCUUGCAUACAGGAGAAAACAUUCCCCCUCCUGCAAAGUAUGGAGGCAGACACACCGUGACCCUCAUACCUGGAGAUGGAAUUGGUCCAGAGCUGCUCAAUCAUGUCAGAGAGGUCUUCAGGUUCAGCUGUGUGCCAGUGGACUUUGAGGUGGUCCAUGUCAACUCUGAUGUGCAGACUGAGGAAGAUAUCAACAAUGCCAUUACUGCCAUCCGCCGUAAUGGAGUUGCCCUCAAAGGUAACAUAGAAACCAAACAUACCAUGCCACCAUCUGUCAAAUCCAGAAAUAAUCUCCUCCGCACAAGUCUUGAUCUGUAUGCCAAUGUGAUGCACUGCCAGUCCCUCCCUGGAGUCCAGACUCGCCACAAGAACAUUGACAUCAUGAUCAUCAGGGAGAACACCGAGGGAGAAUACAGCAGUCUGGAGCAUGAGAGUGUAUCAGGGGUAGUGGAGUCUCUUAAGAUCAUCACCAGGAACAAUUCCCUCAGGAUCGCUGACUAUGCUUUCCGCCUGGCCAGGGAGAAAGGCCGUCGUAGGGUCACUGCCGUACAUAAGGCCAACAUCAUGAAGCUCGGCGAUGGCUUGUUUCUGCAGUGCUGCCGAGAAGUGGCCUCUGGUUACCCAGACAUCACAUUUGACAGCAUGAUUGUGGACAACACCACCAUGCAGCUGGUGUCCAAGCCCCAGCAGUUUGAUGUAAUGGUGAUGCCCAAUCUGUACGGGAAUGUCGUGAGCAAUGUGUGCGCAGGCCUGGUGGGAGGGCCUGGUCUUGUGCCUGGCGCAAAUUAUGGUCGAGACUAUGCCGUUUUUGAAACGGCCACAAGGAAUACCGGGAAGAGCAUUGCGGGCAGGAACAUUGCAAACCCCACUGCCAUGCUGCUAGCCAGCUGCAUGAUGCUGGACCACCUACAGCUUUAUGAUCAUGCAAGUUCGAUCCGGAAUGCAGUUCUCACCACCAUGAAUGAAACAAGGUUGCACACGGCCGAUAUUGGGGGUCAGGGCACCACUUCAGAGGUGGUCCAGUCUGUCAUGAGGGUCAUCCAGAGCAAAGGGCAGCUCACGUCGGAGCUCUAAACCAGCAGGCUCAGGACACCAUGAACCCACUCACACUUAAGCAGAGGUGUGAGUUUGAACAGGUGUCUGUGUGUGGGACAGGUGUACAGUGUGAGAGAGGGAUGUCCAUGCAUGUCUAUUUCCACAGCGUCGGGUCUUAUCGCUGAUGAUCACAAUGGGGUUUAUUUUCUCCUUUUCACGCUGCUUAUUAACCGCUUCACUGUACAAACAACCUUCUACCAACACCUGUGGGUUUCACAUAUAAUAAUGACCCUCACUGGGCCUUUUAUUUUUUAAUUGGUUUACUUUUGAUAAAAUGUCAUUGUUACUCCUAUUAGAUCAGAUUCAUUCAGUUGAAAUUCUGUGAUCUCACAAACUAUCAUGAAACAUCAAAAGGCCUCUUUUGCCGUAUCAACAUGAUGGGGUCAGAAUUAUCUUGUGAUGAGCGAACAGUGUCUCCACUGUCUUUGCACAAAGUAAUUUUUUCAAAUCCCCGUUAAUGUGGAUCAUUAUUUAUUUUACAACUUAAGACUAUGUUACAGCCUUUUCAGUCAACCGAAACAAGCAAUGUUCAUUGAACGCCUUAACUUCUUGUGGUCAUUUUUGUGGAAUCAGGUAUUGUAUACUAAUGACUGUACUUGUGAUGGUGAUGUGACUUUUUUGAUUUAUACUGUAUCAUCAGAGGACUGUUGCAUCAAGAAACUGCUGUCAAAGUUGAACUUUGACACUCGUGCCACAUGUUUUUUUCCCCUAAGUGUGGAUCAUAUGCUUAUAUCCCUGUUGUCUUCGCUAAACAAGCAAAAGCUCGUAAAAAAUGUGAUGUGAAAAGAAUGGCUUUAUCAUUUUUCAUCUGGAGGUUGGCAGUAUAUACUGUAUAACAUAAAUAUUAUCAAUAAAGAAACUAUCUAUGUGA